AUGGCUGGAGAACGCCAAGGGUACGCGGUGCUGCUGCUCCCAGGUCUCGCAGCUCAACGGGCAGGCGUGUUUCCUGCAGACCUAAAAGCUCAAACUGCUUGGCCCAUUCGGGAAAAAAAAAAAUCUCAGGACAAAGCAAACGCACCUGAUUUUGAACUUUCCAGAGAUGAGGAAGAUCACCUGGAGAAGGUCACAAUUGUCCAGAAUGAUGAUUCCAAGAGCAUUUCAAUUUUUUGCUCUGCAUGUCAACAAACAAUAUAUUUCUAUCACCUUCUUUAUCAUAAGAAAAACCACAAAGCCCCAACUUUGCUGGGCUUUGAUACCACAAAGACAGACAACAAAAAACUUUUGGCUUAGAGACAGAAACUAAGUCCAAAAUUGACCAAGAUUCCUGGAUAUUCUCAGACGUGUAGGUAGAAGAUCAAUUAUUCAUUUGAAUUCCUUAUGGAUAAUCACACGCCUACAUCAUAUGGCAAUCUUACUAAUAACAACAAUCCUAGUACUUUUAAGAAAGUAAAUAAUUCUUUAAUAAAAGCAUUAUUAAUUUGCCAGGAUAAGAAUUCCACAUGGCAGGGAGAAAUGGAAGACAGAUUUAUUGAGCUCAACAACUAUGGAAAUAGGUCAGGUACAUGUUUUCUGGUGUUAGCUGACAGCUCUCACGGUGAUGCUGCAGAAACAGUUGCAGCAGAGCUUCCAUUUUUAUUUCUUGGCCAGCUUGCUCAAAUGGAUUCCUCUUACAAAAAGAGUACAGAUGAACAGCAAAUUCUAGAUGCUUUCACCACAGUAACCAUGGCAGAUUACAGAGAGAAAGAGAAGAUUUUUUCUGAUAAACCAGGCAAUGAUGAGACCAACAAGACCAAUACUUACGAAUGGAUUCACAAAACAUAUGCAAAGUCCUUUCGGAGAGUGGGAUACUUUUACGAUGGGAAUGAGGUUUCCAAAGUUCUGUGGAGGGGCUGUUCAGCAGUUACCUGUUUGGUGGAAAGAAUCCCCAGCGAGACAGACGGCACUGAAGAAGAAAGAAAACGUUCUGAAAACGACACGCGUAGUCUGUUAGCCAGGACAGCCAAAGGUGUUGCUGGGUUACUGCACAUUGCUAAUGUAAAUAAUGCACAUGCAGUCUUAUAUAAAAAUAACUGCCCCUCAAAAGAGCACAGCACUUCCAAUGUAAGUGAGAGAAGAUGCAUACCUCAGAACGGUGGAAACAUCAGCACUACUGAACCAGACAGAUUAGCAGAGGGGUACCCAAGAAACAGGGGUCUGGGACACCACACAGAUCCAGUACUGAAAAGAUCUGUUAUACCUGUACCUCAUACUAUAUCUGUCCCUAGAUGUCAUUUUCUUAUUUUAGCUUCUAACAGACUUUGGGAGGUUUUGGAUUACAAUGAAGUACUUGCAUUAACUCUAACAUUCACUCAUUAUUUGAGAAUGUAUGAAUGUGUUCAACAAAAUGGGAGUUCUCCGUGUACGUGUCAGCAUUUGAUGCCCCUCGCUGAAGACAAUGACUCAAAGGCUAUUAAUGAUCUGCAAGACAGAAUAGAAAUACUGUAUUCCAAUAAAGACGUUUUUCUCACUGACUCAAAAGGGAAUCUGAAACAAAAUAAGCCAAAAUGUUCUAGCAGGAACUAUUUGCAAAGUGAAGACGGACUUCCUAAGGAAACUGAUGACCACAAAAAUCAAGCUGAUUGAGAAUUGUCUCUUUUCAGUAACAAUGAACUAAAUUCACAGAAUGGAUUGAUCAAGAGUCCCAAUUCUAAUACACAAGGUGGCUCUGAAGAACUGAAACAGUUUGAGGACAGAAAAGUUUAUCUAUGUAACAAUUUUCAGCCACAGUCACAGACUGUAGAGCAAGGAGAAACAGGUCCACAACUGGCAGAAAAAAUGGACUCCAAGAUACUUGACACUGGUCAAGAACUACUAAAGACUGUAUCACAUGUAGCUUCUAAACCGCGACCACAGUUUGAGGAAGACACAAAAACAUACCUGUCCCGUUGCAAAUCACAAACCACAGGAAGAGGCAGAGUCACCCCUGAGACACUCUACCACGAUGCAGCAAGCUACAGCAGUGAACAACUGGUAAAGACUGCAUUAGCUGCAGGUUCAAAAGAUAAUAUUACUAUUUUGAUUGUAUUUCUAAAUGGAUGUGAUAAGAUACCCAAUUACCUCAAAACUAAAAAAUUUAUCAUAGGAUAA